CUCUGGGACCUCCUCACCAUCUACACUUGCGUCCAAAGAAAAGGGUUCCUUUCAUGCGGACUCGGAUACGUCCGACCGUCCCUCGAAGUAUACGAGACCCCGCUGUGAGAUCAGCAGAAUGGGAUCCGCAAAGAUAUGCUUUGACUUUGCCCGAACUGGGUCCUGCAAGUUCAAGAAUUGUCGAUAUUCCCAUGAGGCCGGCCCGUCAAAGCCUGCAGGCAAAGGAAACAACUCGAGAUCGAGCGCGCGAAGACAACAACCCAGUCAUAGAACCAACGACAGCAACGGCCUUGCCGCCUGGAAGCGAAAAGCCCCUAAGAGCCGACUAGCGAUCCCUCCCCUAGGUGCAGAGCUGGGCCAGUUCUUUGCAACGGCCAGAAGGCUGAUCGAAGUGGACGAUGACAGCACGGCUCAAGAAGUGAUCCAAUGCCUCUCCCACGAGGGGGGUCUGCAACGAAUCCAGGAACUCAUUCAGCGUGACUAUUCUCUGAUGCCAAAUGUCACCAAACGAGAUGUAUUUCAAAAGCAGUUCCUCCCCUUUCUCGAGAGUAUCACCCAUCACAAAGUUCUCGCGUCGUUAGUGAUGGAGGAGUUUGUGGUGAAAAUCUACAACUGUAUCUACGGACCAGCCGGGCAUCGUGCAGAGCCAUUUCUGAAUUUUCUGGCCGAUGUUGUGCAGCUGGACAUUGAACUUCACUCAGAUGCAACCUCGACUUACCUAGAACUAGCGCUCCUGGUGUUCUGUAAGGUUAUUGAGCUGAACUCGACUGCGUUCAUCCAGGAGCCGUUGAAGCCGGUCGCGAGGCGAUUUUACGACCUCUUCAUGAUCCUUCACGCCCUGAAGACUGCGGGGUCACUAGACCGACCGCGGCAUCACCUGGAAGUAUUACAACGUCAGUUGGAGAUUGGAUCCGCCCUACCCCCUUUGCUGGGAAGCUCAAUGCCUCGACAAGCCCAUAAAUCUCCUGUAGCCUUUGUCACUCCGAAAGACCCGCCUGGCGGUCGCCACGACAACGAUCAUGCGGAUAUUUGCAGGAUCAAAAUCAUGCCUACUUUCCAGGAAAUAAUGAGUCCGCGUUCCGAAUAUCUCCCGGGGAAAGACCCGCAACAGUGGCAUAUCGGCGGUCUCGCCGGGCUCUUGGACCGAAAUUUUCGGCUGCUGAGGGAAGACACCAUCGGCCAACUUCGAGACGUUAGUCAUGCUGAGCUGAGGCCCCGCCGGUCAAGAGAUGCGCCGAAGAGUCAAGUCAGGACCAACGUCUAUCAGGACGUCCAGGUACGGGGGCUGGAUUUCGAUCGUUUGAUGGGCUUGCAGUUUGUUGUCCAGUUUGCACAGCCGUUGAAUGUCAGGUCCGUGUCGGAGGCUCACCGCAGAGAAUGGUGGGAGCUAUCGAAAAGACUACAAUCCAGCGCCCUCGUUUGCCUCACGGAUCUCCGAGGAUUCGCCAUCUUUUGCACCGUCGCCGGGCCAGAGCGUCCCAGAAUGGAUGUGAGGCAAGAACCGCGGCAAAGGAAGGUCUCCUCGCUGUUCAAGGAGGCGAGAGUUGCAUCUGUGACCAUGGAGCUAGUGGAACCGACUGAGGAGAAUCGGCAGUAUAUCCUAGAUUGUUACCGGCCGCCCAACGGCCGACGCGCACUCUCAUUGAUUGAGUUUCCUGGGAUUCUCUUGCCAUCAUUCCAACCAACCUUAAAGGCACUUCAGUCAAUGAAGAAAGCUGCAGACCUUCCGAUGUCCGAAUUCCUCGCGCCAGACGAGAUGCUUACAGGCCUAGUGGACAUGCCGCCUCCCAAGUAUGCGGCGGUGCCAGGGUUUAGUUUCAACCUACGUUGUCUCAUGGACGACCGGUCGGACCUCCUAGUGAGCCCGUCGCAACCCCUUGACAUGGAGAAGCUCCAAAAGAAGUCUACCCUUGAUCAUGCACAAGCACGGGCUCUUGUCCAUACACUCCAGCGAAAGAUAGGACUGAUCCAAGGCCCACCAGGCACGGGCAAAAGCUAUACUGGUGUCGCUCUGAUCAAUGUCCUGCUCGCUAACAAGGCGAAAGUAAAGCCACAGCUUGGCCCUAUCAUAUGUGUCUGCUACACGAAUCACGCUCUCGAUCAGCUUCUAGAAGACCUAUUGGACAAUGAAAUCACGACUCAAAUCAUCCGUAUCGGCUCGCAGUCCAAGUCAGAAAAACUACAGCCACUCAAUCUCAAAACCGUAGUUCGACAGAUUGACAAAACAAGGUUGGAAAAGGAGGAGCAGUGGAAACUGCAAGUGAACUUCGAUGAUUACGAAAACAGAUUCGAUGCACUUAAACUAGAUGCAAUAGGCACCGAUCGAAGCUUGCAGUUCCAUCUGAAGCGAAACCAUCCUCGCCAAUUUAGUCAACUGUUCGGCAAGGCGGAGGAUGGUUUUGAGAAGGCUUCUAAUCGACGCCGUCAACACCUUCUACAGACGUGGCUUAGAUCGGGUCCAGCAACUAAGGGCCAGCCGCGUGCGGUGGACGCCCUUCAUCAGGUUCAUUUGGACAACAUGACUUCCAAGGAACGCAGAAUAUUAUACAAUCAUUGGAUCGGAGAAAGUAGACAAGAUCUCCAUACUCAAGCUCGCUCGAUCUUGGCAUCGCACCAGGAAAAUAAAGCGUCCUAUGAUAGGAUCCGAGACGAACUAGAUCUGCGAUGCUUGCGUAAUGCGGAUGUAAUAGGAGUCACGACGACUGGCUUGGCCCGCAAUCUGAACAUGCUGCGCAGACUACAAUCGAAAGUGAUCAUGUGCGAGGAGGCGGGCGAGGUCCUAGAAGCUCAUCUCCUCACCUCACUUUUACCAUCGGCCGAGCAUGUCAUCCUGAUCGGAGAUCAUCAGCAGCUUCGGCCUCAGAUCCAGAACUACGGGCUUUCUCGAGAGAGCAGAACAGGACAACAAUACUCCUUGGAUCGCUCCCUAUUCGAACGGCUUGUCGAACCGGAUGAUGCCGUUGACAUAAGGCUCCCAUUUUCUACACUGGAAACACAACGACGGAUGCAUCCCUCAAUCGCACAGCUGGUCCGAGACACAUUGUACCCUAACUUACAGGACGCACCUUCAGUUAGUCAGUAUCCUGAGGUUGCAGGUAUGAGGAAAAGGCUUUUCUGGCUUGACCAUCGACGGCCUGAAGGCAACCCUUCGAUCCAGGAUGCCAUGGCAACAUCUCACUGGAACGAUCACGAAAUUGAAUUGACAUCGGCUUUGGUAAACCAUCUGCUGCGCCAAGGAACAUACCAAGCAGGUGACAUAGCUGUUCUGACUCCAUAUCUUGGCCAGCUUCACCGAAUGAGGCGUACACUAAGCCAAGCAUUCACAAUCACCCUUGGAGAAAGAGACCAGGACGACCUUGACAAGGCAGGCUUCACAGAAGAUGAAAGACCGACGCCGCCGAGCGCAGUGUCCAGAUCUACCCUCCUACAGGCACUGAGAGUCGCGACUAUUGACAACUUCCAGGGUGAGGAGGCAAAGGUGGUGGUGAUCUCUCUGGUGAGAAGCAACGAUCAAAAUCGAUGUGGCUUCCUCCGCACACCAAAUCGCAUCAAUGUUUUGCUUUCGCGUGCACAGCAUGGAAUGUAUAUCAUCGGUAACUCGGAAACCUCAAGGGGUGUGGACAUGUGGCAUAAGGUUCUUGGCAUCUUUGAAGAACAUGAUAACUUUGGCACAGGCUUAGAGCUCAAAUGCCCCCGCCACCCUUCUACUCCCAUCACUGUAUCACAGCCGGACGACUUCGUGCAAUUUUCGCCUGAAGGAGGUUGCAGUCUGCGAUGCGGCAAGCGUUUACAGUGUGGUCACCCGUGCAAGCAAAAAUGCCACUCAGAGAUACUUCACCAGACAGUCUAUUGUCCAGAGCCAUGCCCACGUCCACAGAAAGGAUGUUCCCACCCUUGUCCCAAAUUUUGUGGUGACACAUGUCCGAAGAGAUGCGGCAUCGUAGUAUUUGAUGCAGACCGGGUCCUCCCUUGUGGUCACUCAAUGGCCAGUCUUCCUUGUUGGCAAGCACAAGAUCUCAGCCUCGUUAAAUGUCCAAUGUUUGUCAAAAAGCAUGUUCCUUAUUGCAACCAUGAAGUAACAAUCGCCUGUCACAUCGAUGUGAGCAAGCCCGAGUACAAAUGCACGCGCCAAUGUCAUGCUGCUUUACCCUGCGGCCAUAACUGUAAGCGUCAAUGCAGCCAAUGUAUGAUUCAGACAAAUGAGGAAACCAAGGCAGAUCAUGGGCCAUGCAAGCAAAGGUGUGGCCGUCUCUAUUCCACAUGUGCCCAUACCUGUGCAGCAGAAUGCCACGGGGAGACUCCGUGUCCGCCAUGCACAGCGCCCUGUGAUGUCCAGUGUGUUCACUCCAGGUGUUCUCAAAAAUGUUCCGAGCCAUGUGCCCCUUGUGCAGUAUCAAAAUGCCUGUCUGUCUGUCCGCAUAGCGCGUGUUCCAUGCCUUGCGCCGCUCCGUGUGAUCACAUUCCAUGCUCUCGACGAUGCGAGAAAUUUCUACCUUGCGGCCACCAAUGCCCGUCCUUAUGUGGUGAACCUUGUCCAGCGGAGAAAUUCUGUCAAACAUGUGCGACUGACGACAUCAAGGAUAUAUCUGUGGACUUCAUCUUGGGUCAGACAUACAAAGAGAUUGACCUAGACGAAAAUCCUUGCAUAUUUCCCCCAUGUGGACAUUUUCUAACUGUGGAAAACAUGGACGCUCAAAUGGAUCUUGGGAAACACUAUGUGGUUGAUGAAAUGGGAAAGCCGAUCUCAAUCUCCAAAUCAUCCGAGCCGUUCUCCAUCUCGGACAUUCGGAACUGUGCCACCUGUCGAGGUUCGUUGAGAAGUAUAUCCCGAUAUGGGAGACUCGUGAGGCGUGCCUUGUUGGACGAAGCGACGAAGAAAUUCAUUCUGUACGUAAAUCAGCAGUACGUACCGAUGGCUCAGAAACUUGCCCAAUUUGUGGCUCAGCUGCCACAGCACAAAGGGACGGCGGUAGCAAAAGCAUUCCAAAAUGAACUUACUCUCAAGGUUCAAGGGCCACCAGACCACCAAAUCCGAUUGAUGCACCAGCAGCUCGGGAAGUAUGAUACGACAAGGUGGAAAGAUUUAAUCCUCUUGCGGCAUCAGGUUACAGAAUACUAUAACAAAGUCAAGGUGGAGGAGCAGCCAUUCAACCAAGUACGCAACAUGGUGGAAGACGCCCGUCGUCGCAAACGAAAAACCGGGCAAUUUGAAUUUGACGAGAAUGUACUUCAGACGAAAGGCUGCGUUCAAGCAGCUUCUCUAUUGCUUCGCCUCGACACAGCAUUGAUUGGGGACUUCCUCUCUUUGUAUAAACAAACUCCUGGCAAGUCCAACAAAUGUGUUCUACACCUUGACCUUCAGGCAAACCGAAAGGAAGGCGAAAAGCUGACGGCCAUGGCUGUCAACUCACAGCGCGUAUUGCACCAGGUCGAGGGAUAUCUAUUCCGCGCUCAACUGUGUGCCCUAGAGAGCCAGAGCAGCGGCCAGCCAACACGGGUAGAGGACCUUCUGGAAGAGGGUAAUGAGUGCAUUGACCGAGCCCAAAAGCUGUGUACGGCGCACCCUGGGCAGGUGCGUGGACUUUCUGACGAAAUCGAGGGCACUUUGAAGAUGCUCCGCGGCGGUACGUUUUACACACCCGUGACCAGUGAAGAAAGAAUGGCGGUUGUCGCUGCUAUGGCGCGGGAAUUUAGAGGCACCGGACAUUGGUAUCGUUGCGAGAAUAAUCAUCCUUUCACCAUCGGAGACUGCGGUGGUGCUAUGGAAAUCUCCACCUGUCCCGAAUGUGGUGCACGUGUAGGUGGUCAACGCCAUCGGACCCUAGCUGGAGUGACCCGUGCCGAUGAUUUGGAAGUGAACUUGGCCCGGCUAAUGAUUUGACACUAUGCGACCUGAGAGUCCCAGUGGAGAUCAGUGUUUGAUGAUGACUUUGUCUCCAACAUAGUGAAGUAGAACCAAAAGACGACUGGGCAACCUGCCAUUGCAAGGAUUGAUUCUUCACAUCUUGUGGGGUUGAACAAGUUUGAAGAAUGACACACUAAACAGCGUAGUCACGGAAAGAGACGC